AUGAGAACGGAAAAGCCACCAAUGCCCGGUACUACAACAGGUGAUUGUAAACCACUAACAACAUUUGUUCACACAAACACAGACGCAUUUAGGGAAGUAGUGCAAAGAUUAACAGGUCCUGCAGAAGCCAAUGCAGCAAAAGAUCUAGAUCAAUUAGCUACAAAAGUCGCAACUACUACGAAAAGAACACCUCCAAAACUUCACGAAAGAAGGAAAUACAUGAAACCAAAACUCGAGAUUGUUAAACCAAGCAUUCAAAAUUAUAAGCAAUCUGGUGCAUCACCUUCUUCCAAGUCCAGAGGUUCUAGCUUCCCUUCGAGUCCUGUAUCUGGAAGUGGAAGUUCUAGUCUUCUUCCAAGUCCUACCACUCCUUCGACGAUGUUCUCUCGGUUAACUAUUUUGGAAAGUGAAAUGAAACAAGAUGAAAUGAACAUUGAAGAAGAAGAGAAAGCCAUCAAAGAGAGAAGAUUUUAUUUGCAUCCCUCGCCGAGGUCUAGAGCAAGUGGUUAUAAUGAACCAGAGUUACUCAUUUUGUUUCCUUUGGCAUCUCCAAAUGCAAGUGAGAAAGUAUAA